UUUUAUGUUCCUUUUUUUCUUUUUUUUUUUUAUCCAAUUCCUCUAUUUCCUAUUUUCUUUCUCUUUUAUUAUUAUUUUAUUUUUUUUAACAUAUAUAUUCUUACACUACUUAUAACCUAUAUAUAUAUAUAUUUAUACACGUACAUAUACUUCUAUAUAUACAUAUACGACAAUGCAUCCAAAAAGUCAACUUGCUGACAAACUACUUUCUGAUUCUUUAUUUCCAAGUAAAGAGUCCAAAGAAGAUACAAAUGAAUCUGAUCCUCUUUCUACUCAAGUAUGGCGAAUGUAUACAAAGGCAAAGGAUACUUUACCUAAUGGUUCUCGACUAGAAAAUUUAACUUGGCGUAUGAUGGCAAUGACAUUGAAAAAUAAAGAAGAAGAAGAAGACCAAACUAAGUCUAUUGAACCCACUGAAACUGUUAAACCUACUGAAUCUACUGCUAUUGAUAUGAAACAUCAACCUCCACCUGCUGAUGAUACUACUUCUUUAUUAUCUUCUUCUGCUCCUCCUUAUAUGAUGGAUUAUUUACGUGAAAACUUGGAUCAAGACAAGAAGAAUGUACUAAUAUCUGGUAGUUGUCGCGCGAAUUCAUAUAGUAUUCAAAAAUAUACGGUAAUAUAAAAAUAUAUAUAAAAGUCUGGUGAUAGAAAAAAAAAAAAACACUUCCUCUCAUGCG